AUGGCGGUGCAGACUUUCGUGGCAAGGGCGCCGGCAAGGGUGCAGCCCAUGCGGUCGAUCUCCCUGUACUUGAUUGCAACAGUUGCAGGGCUGUGGCUGCUGAUAGGCGUCAGCAUGCCGUCCUUUGCCGGCUUGACUCUCAGGCCCCGUGCGUCGUUAAGGUCUUCAGCAUUGCAAAGAGCUGCCGUUGGAGGCUUGCAGCAGGCAUUCUUCAUGGGCAAGCGGGUGGACUGGCGACCAGCACUCGAUGCAUCCAAGGCUGUUGAGGUCGGUGGCGAAAUGCCUCUGGGGGUUCGCUUCGAGCGCCGGGAGGAUGGUGCCUUCAUCAUCACCGAAAUCAUCAGCGGGGGUUCGGCUUCUGUUGGCGAGCUGGACGUGCAAGUUGGAAACAUCAUCCACGCAGUGAGCUGUUCUGUGGGUGGAAAGAAGGAGAUUACAACUGCUUUCGAGGUUGACUCCAUCGAUCAAAUGUCGCAGGCGAUCCUCUCAAACGAAGAUGAGCGGGUCACCAUGCUUGUCGAAAAACCCGAUGAGGGAGCUGUCGGCGCCGUCAGCUUUUUGACCGAUGUGGCGACCAGGCUCUGA